UUUCGCUUCAGGAUUAUUAUUUGUUUGUUGGGUGUUGAAGGAGCAAAAAAUGGCAUCGAAUCUCCUGAAAGCUCUCAUCCGAUCUCAGAUUCUUCCAUCUUCGAGGAGAAACUUUAGUGUGGCGGCGGCUACCACACAGCUCGGCAUUCCAACAGACGAUUUAGUCGGAAAUCAUACCGCCAAAUGGAUGCAGGAUAGAAGCAAGAAGUCACCAAUGGAACUGAUCAGUGAGGUUCCACCUAUCAAGGUUGUUGGAAGGACUGCUGCUUGUGAAGGAGACACCAAUACAGCACUAGGUCAUCCAAUUGAGUUCAUUUGCCUCGACCUACACGAGCCUGCCAUCUGCAAGUACUGUGGCCUUCGUUAUGUUCAAGAUCAUCAUCACUAAAGGCAACAUUCUGCAAGUGGAAACACAUCUCGCUUCUCUCUCCCUUUUUUAUUACAUUGUCAAGUUUGUUUAACGCUUUUGCGAUGCUCCGACAUCUUCAGAUAUCAUUUCUAAUAAAGGAUUCGAUCACAUUAGUGCAAAUGCGAUGAUUUUGGGUCGUACUUGUCAGGUUGUAACAUCCAAUAUUUGAUACUCUUUUACAUGCCAAUGUGCUCAGACAAGGCUUUUGGGAUUUUGCUACAUAAACAGUGUCGAGUAAUGAUCUUUUUGCCUUC